AAGCAAGAGUAGGAGAAAGCAAGAGAAAUUAAGUGAGAGCUCUUGUGAGAGAAAAGAAAGAGAGAAAUUGUGAGAAAUCCUUGUGUAGAUUAAGAGGGAGUAUUAAUGAGAAUUUGGGAGUUUCUAUACCUUGAAGCUAGGGUGUUGAGUGCUUCUUGAGUGAGAGAACUUUCAAAUUAUUGUACUUUUUUUUCUUAAUAGUGGAUUUAUUUCUCUUUUUCCCGUGGACGUAGACUUGUUGAGAGGUGUACAAGUCGAACCACGUUAAAUUAUUGUCUUGAUUUCUUUAUCGCUUCCGUUUGUGUGGGAUUGUGGUGCUCGAAAUUCCCAACAAGUAGUAUCAGAGCUAUUGGUAGAGCUCCUGGUGUUGUGGCGAAAUGCAAACUGAAGCCAUGGAGUAUUCAAUUGAGCUAUUUGAUGGCAAAAAUGACUUUACUCUAUGGCAAAGCACUGUGAAGGAUGUCCUUACUUGUCAAGGACUUGAUGCAGCUUUAGAAGGGACCAAGCCAGCUGAGGUGAGGGAUAGUGAUUGGAGUACUAUCCAAAAGAAGGCAGCAAGUCAAAUUCGGCUAGCGCUUGCACCGGAGGUGAAAUACAACGUCCUUUCAGAGACUACUCCAAUAGGCAUGUGGAGAAAGCUUGAAGAGAUACAUGCUUCAAAAUCUUUAACCAAUCGAUUGUGUUUAAAGAUGAAGCUAUAUCAAUUGAAGAUGGCAAAAGGCACUAAUAUUCACAGGCACUUAUCUGAUUUCAACAUGAUGGUGAAAGAAGUAGUGAAUGCCAGGGAUGUUCUAGAAGAAGAGGAAAAAGCUUUGCUUUUACUUGCAUCCUUUCCAAAGUCUUACAAAUCCCUAGUGCAGAGCAUGCUAGUGGGUAAGACUACCUUGGUGAUGAAAGAUGUCACAUCCAUGUUGUUGGAGAAUGAUAAGUUUCUUGGGGAGGAUGAUGGUGUCAAUCAAACUAAUGCUUUAGUGAUGGAGCACUCUUGGGGAAGAUCCAAUGGACGUGGAGGUGGAGGAAAUCGAGAAAGGUCGAAAUCCAGACCUAAGAAGGAUUAUGGUAAAGUGCAGUGUUUUUAUUGUGGUGAAUUGAGUCACAAACAGUAUAAAUGCCCAAAGUUUAAGGAGGACUUUUCUAAUAUGAAAAUAUUGAUGAAAAGUCAAGAAACCAAGGGUAAGGGGGAGGCUAAUAUUGUUGAAGAAAAUAUGGUUGAAGUAUUAGCUUGUGAAGAGUGUGAUCCUGAAGUGGAGCAAAACAAUCAAAGAUGGAUUUUGGACUCCGCUGCAACCAUGCAUGUGUGCAAUAAUCCUUCAGAAUUUGGGAGUUUGGUUCGGGGGGAGCUUGGCAAAAUAACAGUGGCUACCAGCGAGAAGGUGAAUAUUGAAGGCAUAAGAGAUGUUUGUCUCAAUGUUCACAAUAGGAGAGCCAAGAUUCUCAAGAAUGAUAUGUGCCCAAGUGUUCAAGCAACAUUAUUGCUUUGAGAAGAAGGCGUCAUUACUCAGUAUUCAACAUUUUGCUGGGCUCUUUUGGUGUUUCUAAACAAGGUUGUGCCAAAUCUCCAUGGCAAAAUUUUCUGAUGAGGAUAAUAAAAUCAGGUCAGCGGUUUUGCAAGCUUUGGUCAAAUUUGUCCCUUAGUUAGCCUAGCCUAGGUGUGUGAUUAAGAACCACGAGUGGAGGAGAGGGGCAAAACUGAACAAAUUGAGCAAAAAGGUGUUGUUUCCUCAAAAUUCCUCACGUGGCUUCGCACAUGUGAAAUUUGAAUGC